AUGGCGAUUAAGACACUCGGAGCCAAAGCUGCUGCUGCUCUCGAUCAGGAGCUUAUGAGCACUGGUGCAUUCUCACUUGACCAGCUCAUGGAGCUCGCUGGUCUUGCUGUCUCUCAAGCUGUGUACCGUCUUCAGCCUCUCGAGAACGGCCGCAGAAUUCUGGUUGCUUGUGGGCCAGGAAACAACGGUGGUGACGGACUGGUGGCUGCCCGCCAUCUCCGACAGUAUGGCUAUAGCCCGACCGUCUUCUACCCCAAAAGAAGUAAGAACGAUCUCUACCAGCGACUCGCAAAACAACUUGAAGACCUCGAUGUCCCAUUCGUGGAGGAUUUCUCUUCUGCGCUGAAUUCGACAGAUCAUAUUGUCGAUGCGAUCUUUGGUUUUAGUUUUUCGGGAGAAGUUCGAGAGCCUUUUCCUGCAGUGAUUCAAGCACUCCAAGACACCAAAUUACCGGUCACAUCAGUCGAUGCUCCAUCAUCGUGGGAUAUCGAAGAUGGGCCGCCCAAGUCUGGACUUGGUAGCUCCUUUAUGCCUACUGCACUUAUUAGCCUGACAGCACCAAAGCCACUAGUGAAGCACUUCAAAGGUCGACACUUUAUUGGCGGACGGUUUGUAACUCCAUCCAUCGCCAAGAAAUUUGAAUUCGAAGUCCCGGAGUACAAAGGUAUUGAUCAGGUCGUUGAGAUUGAAGUUUCCGGGCAGAAGCUCUAA